UAGUCGAAGGAAUAUGUAUUUGAUAUGAAGAAAGCAAUAACAAUAAACUGAACUAUCAAUAAUAUGCUAAACUAAGGGCUGGGUCUUGUCCAUCAUGGCUGAUCUCGCUGAUCGAUUCUGAUAUGCAAUGGGCGUGUAGCAGGAUAUUAAAAGGCUCCACUACGCAUCGGCUACGAGGAAAGGCAGGCCGGAAUCGAUAGUCAGAAGUAAGAAGUCAGGUCGACCGCCAUGGCGCCCGGGCCACUUAACCCUGUGACGGUCAUGGAGCAGUGCCAUGUCUCGCCGUCGCCGUUGCCAUCGCCGUUGCCACCGGCCGUGAAGCCACAGACACUGCCGCUCACCUUCUUCGACCUCGUCUUCUGGGACGUCCCGCCCGUGCAGCGCCUCUUCUUCUACGACAACGCCGACCUCCUCGGCGCACCCGAGUUCCUCCUCCACGAGCUGCGCCUGUUCGAGAAGUCCCUGGCCGCCGCGCUGCACCACUUCUAUCCCUUGGCCGGGACGCUGGUGUGUAGCAUACCGGAGGCCGGGGCGCCCGAGGUCGUGUUCUCGGACGGCGACUCUGUCCGCCUCACGGUUGCGGUCGGCGGCGACGACUUCCAGGACCUCGCCGGCGACCACGCGCGCGACACCGCGAGGCUCCGUCCGCUGCUGCCUUCGCUGCCGAGACACGGCGGCGGCGGCGGCUCUCGAUGCAGAACUCAGGACGUAUUUGCCGUCCAGCUCACCGUGUUCCCUCACGCCGGUUUGUGCAUUGGCACGACGCUGCACCACGCCGUGGCCGACGGUUCCAGCUACGUGCACUUCAUGAGGACGUGGGCCGCCAUCCACCGCCUCGGCCCCGGGUGCGGCGGGAAGUGGGCCGCGGUGGACGCGCCCCCGCUGCUCGACCGCAGCGUCGUGCGAGACGAGAACGGGCUCCGCGAGGUGUUUCUCCGCGACCACCGGGCUCACGAGGCGGCCGGCGGCAAGCGGCUCCACGGCUGGGACCUCGGUCAACGUCCGGGCGCCGCUGGCCUCGCGACGUUCCGGUUCACGGAGAAGCUGCUCCGUGGGCUCGGAAGGCAGGUGGAGUCGGAGACCACGGCGCGGCGGUGCUCGCCCUACGCGCUGGCUUGCGGUGCUGUCUGGGCAGGCAUCGUGCACGCGCGCGGCAGCAACGCCAGCUUCGGGUUCGUGACCGGGUGCAAGCCCCGCGCGACCCCUCCGGUGCCGGGAAACUACUUCGGCAACUGCCUGGGGCUCUGCCGCGUGGGGAAGGAGGAGGAGGCGAAGCCGAGCGGCGGCCUCACCGCGGCCACGGCCUCCGCGGCGAUCUGGCUGGCGAUCGAGGGGCUCGCGGAGCAGGGGCGGGUGUUCCGGGACGCGCGCGGUUGGGUGCGGCUGGUGCGGGAGUACGCGUCGGCGCGCGCGGUGACCGUGGCCGGGUCGCCGAAGCUGGGCGUGUACGCGGCGACGGAUCUGGGAGCGCCGUGGGGACGGCCCCGGAAGGUGGAGAUCGUCUCGGUGGAGCGGACGGGCGCGCUGGCGCUGGCGGAGAGCGGCCGGGACGGGGACGGCGGCAUCGAGGUCGGGCUGGCGCUGCCGCGCGGCGAGAUGGAGGCGUUCCGCGCGUUCUACCACGACCUGGUCAGCCACAGCGUCGUCGUACUGACAGCGGCAAGGCGUGACGUGCGUACGUUUGGACCCGUCGAUCGUUGUUUGCCGGACAGAGCCACCGCAACUGUGACGUUUGCAGGGGGCAAUUUGGCCUUAUCUUUUUAUUUUUAUAUUUUUUAUAGUUGAGUUUGGAGUGGUGCUCGAUCGUGGGGAAGACAUUUUCAUGCCAGCACCCAGCAGCCAGCGGUAGAGAGCGUUUGUCCGUAGCGUCCGUUUGUUUUCUCAACCACUAGUUUUUUUUUGGGAGAAAUCCUUGCAAAGGUUAUUAUUUUUUCUUUGGACAAACACCUACAAUUUUAUUCAUACACGUAACCAUUAAAUCAAAGA